AUGAAACUCUUCAACUACCAACAACAACAUCCCGUUUGGCCCAAAUCUAAGCUGAAUUACGAGAAUGAGGAAAAGUUUCUUUUUCAUUAUUUGAUCUAUGCCCAAAUAAAUCUUGCUACGAGUAAUCGUCGUAGCACACAACAACAUCAUUACGACUUUAUUGUUACGAACAUUUUUGCUUUCAUGAGAACGACAGAUGUUCAAAUCCAAAGGCAUGAUAAACGAAAAAUGUGA